AUGGCUGCGAACACAAAGUUCCUGCGAGAGUACAAGCUCGUUGUUGUAGGCGGCGGUGGUGUCGGCAAAUCCUGCUUGACUAUUCAGUUGAUCCAGAGCCAUUUCGUCGACGAGUAUGACCCCACGAUUGAAGACUCGUACCGAAAGCAGUGUGUCAUUGACGAGGAGGUCGCACUGCUCGAUGUCCUCGACACAGCCGGCCAAGAGGAGUAUAGCGCCAUGCGCGAGCAGUACAUGCGAACUGGAGAGGGAUUUCUGCUAGUCUAUUCGAUUACUUCGCGACAAAGUUUCGAGGAAAUCACCACCUUCCAGCAACAGAUUCUGCGAGUCAAGGAUAAGGACUAUUUCCCCAUGGUCGUUGUUGGCAACAAGUGCGAUCUGGAAGGCGAUCGAGACGUGUCACGACAGGAGGGAGAGGCACUUGCAAGGUCGUUCGGUUGCAAGUUCAUCGAAACAUCCGCCAAGUCCCGAAUCAACGUCGACAAGGCCUUCUACGAUAUCGUACGAGAGAUCCGAAGAUAUAACCGUGAGAUGCAAGGCUACUCAACUGGUAGCGGUGGUACUUCAGGAGCGAACGGUCCCCCAAAGCCCAUGGAUAUGGACAACGGCGAGCAAGAAGCUGGAUGUUGUGCCAAGUGUGUACUGAUGUAA